AUGUAUGUGGGCUAUCUUUUGGAUAAGGACACUAACAUGUACCCUAACCCGGUCAGGCACACCAGCCUGAACCUCAACCCCCAGAACUACGUGCCUGCGCCCCCUCAAUAUUCGGAUUUUGCCAGCUACCAUCACGUGCCAGGGAUUAACAGUGACCCACACCAUGGGCAGCCUGCGGGCGCCUGGGGCUCGCCAUACACACCCACCAAGGACGACUGGCAUUCGUACGGGCCUGGAGCCGCUUCUUCCGUCGCUAACCCGGGGCAGCUUGGAUUCAGCCCCACUGAUUUUAAUCCAAUUCAGCCUCCAGGCUCUGGACUCCUACCUCCACCCAUCAACAGCUCAGUGGCCCAGCUCUCCCCCAAUGCGCAAAGGCGCACCCCCUAUGAGUGGAUGAGGCGCAGCGUGUGCAGGGUUGGGGGGGGUCGGGGGUCGUGCAAGACCAGAACAAAAGACAAGUACCGGGUGGUGUAUACAGACCACCAGCGCCUGGAGCUGGAGAAGGAGUUCCACUACAGCCGCUACAUCACCAUCCGGCGGAAAGCAGAGCUGGCAGCCACACUAGGGCUCACCGAACGGCAGGUGAAAAUCUGGUUCCAGAACCGGAGAGCCAAGGAGAGGAAGGUGAACAAGAAGAAGAUGCAGCAGCAAACGCAACCCACAAGCACCACCACUCCCACCCCGCCGGCCGUUGGCACCCCUGGUCCCAUUGGCGGCAUCUGCAGCAGCACCACCAACCUGGUCUCCUCUUCCCCAAUGACUAUCAAAGAAGAAUUCAUGCCUUAA